CAGUUCAAUUUAAAGCCGCCAUCAUAUACAAGGCGCCAUAUAUACACCGUAUAAAGACAUGAAAUAAAAUCUCGCCUACAAAGCUACAUCUCUUAGCUUGGGAAAGAAAACAAAGUUUACAAUUUGGGGCAUCACGGAUCAACCGUCCUCCUUCCUUGGCGGUUGCAAACACAAACACCGUUAGUCACAGCAGCCCAUCCCAUAUCAAUAAAUACACUCCUCUUUAUUUCUUUCUCUCUCAACAAAAUAAUAAGCUGAAAUAAGUAUAUAAAAAAGGCAGCUUUCUAGUUCACACUUCAAUAUAUACAGCCAAACAACUAAAGUUUUAAUUUUUUAGAUGCAAAUUAAAGAAAGAAAUCAUCUUUAUUUUAAUUUAGAAAUGUUGGGUUUGUGUUUUUUGGUUUUCUGGGUGAGCAGGUGAGCCAAUCUUUAUUAUCAACACUCCCAAAAAAAAUAAAAAAUAAAUCCCCAAAAAAUGCUUGUUAAACAGCUAGCAAAACACAACAAUUAAAAUGAGUGUGAGUGUUUUUGUUGUGAUGAAUUGAGUGAGAUUCUUGUGACUUUGCCUCUCAUUCAUUCAAUUAUAUACCCAAUAUAUAGUUUUACAAUACCCAUUUCAUAAAAUAUCAAAAUCUUUGCUCAAAAAUUAGUAAUUUUUUUGUUGAAUUGUAAGAUUGUGUAUCUAUUUUCUGCAAAAUAUUUCUGAGUGUUCAAAUUUGAGUGCUGAAAAUGGCUGCAAGUGCUUCAAGAUUCAUAAAAUGUGUGACAGUUGGAGAUGGAGCUGUUGGAAAAACUUGUAUGUUAAUUUGUUACACUAGUAACAAAUUUCCUACUGAUUACAUCCCAACAGUAUUUGACAAUUUCAGUGCUAAUGUGGUUGUGGAAAGUACCACUGUGAACUUAGGCCUCUGGGAUACUGCUGGACAAGAGGAUUACAACAGAUUAAGACCUUUGAGCUACAGAGGGGCUGAUGUCUUUGUCUUGGCUUUCUCAUUGGUCAGCCGUGCGAGCUACGAGAAUGUGCAAAAGAAGUGGGUCCCGGAACUUCAGCAUUAUGCUCCUGGAGUACCGUUGGUGUUGGUUGGCACCAAAUUGGAUCUUCGUGGGGACAAGCAUUUCUUGGCUGAUCAUCCUGGAGUACUUCCAGUUAGCACAACAGAGGGUGAGGAACUCCGUAAGCAGAUUGGUGCUUUAUACUACAUCGAGUGCAGCUCCAAGACUCAACAGAAUGUGAAAGCGGUUUUUGAUUCUGCAAUCAAAGUAGUCAUCAAGCCGCCUCAGAAACAAAAGGAGAAGAAAAAGAAGCCAAGGCGAGGGUUUGCAAUGAAUAUCUGUGGUCGAAGGAGCUUCAUGUGUUUCAAAUGAAUUUGUUGCUUGACAAGUAUGGCUUUCUCACCAGUUGACGCAGAUAUUCACACGUUCAGCCAACAGGCCAUCACUGACAUCUUCACCACUUCCCCCGUCCCAGGACUUUUGUCAUAUGUAGAUGCUGUCGAUAGUAGUCUAGUCUUGCAACAUGUUACUCCCUGUAAAUGCACUCUGUGAUAUUUAAAUCCUAAUUAAUUGGUUUUAGAUGAUCAUAGUUGUUAUCUCUAGGAAAAACAAUACUAAUUAGCGCCCCCUCCCCAACAAAAUUAAACAAAUGAUGUUCAACAUCUCCUGCCUGUUUUCUAGUGAAAGUUUUGCAUUUUACAGUGUUUAUUACAGCUGCUGUAAUUUCUUAGCUUGUACUCUGUAGUAACUGGAAAUUCAAUACUUGUAUUUGAUAUUAUGAUCACUUCCUUUA